UCCCACCAUACUAGUUGAAGAGAACCAACUAUCCUAAUAUUAUCUUGUAAUAACUUCUCCAUUGUAUGCCAAAAAGGUUUCCCCAAAAACACAAUUGCCCCUAUAGAAGGCUCACCAUAAUAACUAAUCUCUCUCAUAAUCCCAUAUACUCCAUUUCAUGAGAGAUUUAUAAGUUUCUGACAAAGGGGACACGAAAGGAAGGUGAGAAGUUACGGAGGAACAAAAACGAAAAGGAAGCAAAGGAAAAAGCCACACCACCCCACAUCGCAUCAGAAGAAUUUCGUCUUUGCAAUUUUUAAAUUCCCAUAAAGAAACCACGCGAUUUAGGCUAGUCGAUUGCUGGGCCUUCGGAUCAACUGCCGGUCUCAACUGCCGAAAGCGGGCGGAGGAGGCAUCCACCUCAGCAGCGUUAUCUGGCCCUACCACACGCGCCCCCAAACGCGCUCGUGUCAACAACGCCACCUCAGCGGUCCCCACCCCUCGUUCUCGUCCGGCCACCCGAUCUGCGUCCAUGGACCGCAACUCCGAGCCUUCCCCUGCCUCUGGCUCCACCACCCGAACCCGACGUGGCAAAAAUCCUAGCAUCAAUCAAAAUUGGGAAAUCAACAACAGUAGAGACAAUGCGAACUCCGAUAAGGGCAAGGAGAAGGAACCCGAUUUAAGGCACCGGGAAAUGGAGAGGAGCACGGGACUUAACAUUGACUUGCACGAUGGGGAUGAUGAUGAUGAAGAUGAUGAUAAUGGCUCCGAAGGUGGAGUCGGGGUUUUGCACCACAAUUUGACCUCUGCAAGCAGUGCUCUUCAGGGCCUACUGAGAAAACUAGGUGCCGGUUUGGAUGAUUUGCUCCCGAGUGCUGCCAUAGGUUCAGCUUCUUCGUCUUCCCACCAAAGCGGACGGCUGAAAAAGAUUCUGUCCGGUUUGAGGGCUGACGGAGAGGAAGGGAAGCAAGUGGAGGCACUUACACAGCUUUGUGAUAUGCUGUCGAUAGGGACAGAGGAUUCUCUGAGUACUUUCUCCGUGGAUUCAUUUGUUCCUGUUCUUGUGGGAUUGAUUAAUCACGAGAGUAAUCCGGAUAUCAUGCUUUUGGCUGCUCGGGCACUCACGCACCUUGUUGAUGUGUUGCCCUCAUCGUGUGCUGCUGUGGUGCAUUAUGGUGCUGUCUCUUGCUUUGUUGCUAGGCUGCUGACUAUAGAGUACAUGGACUUGGCUGAACAGUCUCUGCAAGCCCUGAAGAAGAUAUCUCAGGAACACCCGACUGUGUGCUUGAGGGCUGGUGCUCUUAUGGCUGUACUUUCUUAUCUAGACUUCUUCUCAACUGGUGUCCAGAGAGUGGCCUUGGCAACUGCUGCAAAUAUGUGUAAGAAACUGCCUUCAGAUGCUGCUGAUUGUGUUAUGGAAGCUGCGUUUGCUUCGUCACCUGAGAAACUCGACGAACUUUGCAAUCAUGGCCUUGUUGCACAAGCUGCUGCUCUUCUUUCCUCGACUAAUGCUGGAGGGGGUCAGGCUUCCCUUAGCACUUCGACCUACACGGGGUUGAUUCGUCUUCUUUCUACAUGUGCAAGUGGUUCUCCUUUAGGAGCAAAGUCCUUACUUCUCUUAGGUAUCAGUGGGACUCUGAAAGAAAUCUUGCAAGGGUCUGGCCUUGUGUCAAGCAUGUCUGUUUCACCUGCUUUGAGUAGACCUCCAGAGCAGGUCUUUGAGAUUGUGAACCUGGCAAAUGAGCUUCUUCCACCACUUCCGCAAGGAAUAAUAUCUCUUCCAGUCAGCAGCAGUUUGUUCAUGAAAGGCUCGCUUUUCAAAAGGAGUAAUGCAGGAAGCUCUACCAAGCAGGAAGAUUCAAAUGGGAACAUGCAAGAGGUUUUAGCGCGUGAGAAACUAUUGAACGAUCAGCCUGAACUUCUACAGCAAUUUGGAAUGGAUCUUUUUCCUGUUCUGGUCCAACUCUAUGAAUCCAGUGUGAAUGGUCCUGUACGCCACAAAUGUCUAUCAGUUAUAGGAAAGCUCAUGUACUUCAGCCCGCCAGAAAUGGUCCAAUAUUUGACAAAUGUCACAAACAUCUCAAGUUUCUUAGCUGGUGUUUUAGCUUGGAAAGAUCCCCAAGUUCUGGUGCCCGCUCUUCAAAUAGCUGAAAUUUUGAUGGAAAAGCUUCCGGAUACUUUCUCUAAGAUGUUUGUAAGGGAAGGUGUCCUUCAUGCUGUGGAUACAUUGAUACUCACUGGAUCUACUAGCAGUUCACAACAAUCUCCAGUUGAUAAAGAUAACGAUUGUAUUCCAGGCUCAUCACGGUCCAGAAGGAAUCGUAGACGAGGCAGUAAUACGGGUUCUGAUACAAAUACCGACGAUAAAAGCUCAAUUCCAAGUAUUGGCUCAAAGCAGCUGAAUACAGUCGAAAUAUCAACAGUGGUCAAUUCUAGCCUCCGUGCCACAGUCAGCGCUUAUGCCAAAAAAUUCAAGGAAAAAUAUUUCCCGUCAGGUCCGGAGAGGACCGAGAGCGGGGCCACGGACGAUCUCUUACGCCUAAAGAAUCUCUGCACGAAUCUCAAUGUCGGAAUAAACGAGCAAAAAAAUAAACUGAAGGGAAAAUCAAAAUUCUCAGGGCCCCGGCUUGACGACAUUUGUGCUAGUAAAGAGGAGAAUUUGGUUGAGGUGAUAACAGAUAUCCUGCGUGAACUCAGCCGGGAGGACGGGGUCUCGACUUUUGAGUUCAUCGGCAGUGGAGCUGUUGACUCUCUGCUUAAUUACUUCACAUGCGGCUAUUUUUCUAAGGAGAGAAUAUCCGAAUCAAACCUGCCCAAACUCAGACAACUGGCUAUUCGGAGGUUCCGAUCUUUCGUGUCUGUUGCUCUUCCCUCGAGCAUUGAAGAAGGUUCUUUAGUUCCGCUGAGUGUUUUGGUUCAGAAGCUUCAGAAUGCUUUGUCCUCUUUGGAGCGCUUUCCUGUCCUGCUUAGCCACGCAUCACGGCCGUCUAACGCAAACGCUCGACUUUCUCAGCCGUUUAAGCUUCGGCUUUGCCGGGCACAGGGAGAGAAAUCCCUCCGCGACUACUCAUCGAACGUCGUGUUGAUUGAUCCGCUGGCGAGUUUGGCCGCCGUUGAGGACUUCCUUUGGCCAAGGGUUCAACGGGCGGGGCCCACCAUUGGUACAGGGACUGGUGAGGGUUCACCAUCUGUCUCGACUCCGGCUGCUGCUGCUGCCAGGCGUCAGUCGACUCGAUCGAGAUCUUCUUUUAAGAAAGAUUUGUUGCUGGAGAAAUGUUUGAGCUCGUCCAAGGCCAAGGGGAAAGCGGUUCUGAAGGCUAAUCAGGAAGAGAGCAGGGGGCCACAGACCCGAAAUGCUACUCGUAGAAGAGCAGUAGUGGAGAAAGACAAUGAGAUGAAGUCGGUGGAGGGGGACACCAGCUCUGAGGAUGAUGAAUUGGAUAUUUCACCUGUGGAAAUUGAUGAAGCUUUGGUGAUUGAAGAUGAUGAUAUAUCUGAUGAGGACGACGAUGAUGUCCUAGGAGAUGACAAUCUUCCCAUGUGCAUGCCGGACAGAGUGCAUGAUGUUAAGUUGGCCGAUUCUGUAGAAGACUCGAGCAGCCGAGCUUCUGCUGGUGGUAGUUUGUCGGGUUCAAGAGGAGCAAUGUCCUUUGCUGCUGCUGCCAUGGCUGGACUCGCAUCUGGAAAUAGUAAAGGUCUGAGGGGAACUCGGGACAGGCAUGGCCAUCUCUUAUUCGGCUCAAAAAGUUCUCCGAAGCUAAUGUUCACCGCAGGUGGAAGGCAGCUUAAUCGAAACUUAACCAUUUAUCAGGCUAUUCAAAGGCAGCUCGUUUCAGAUGAGGAUGAUGAAGAUACCGGCACUGAUCUCGUAUCUAGUGAUGGUACCAGGCUCUGGACAGAUAUUUACACCAUUACGUAUCAAAAGACAGAUGAUCGUCAAGCCACGAUUCCUUCUAAGUCAACGAAAGCCGCCAGUUCAUCGAGUAAAUCUCUGUUGGAUAGCAUUCUUCAAGGGGAGCUCCCUUGUGAUAUGGAAAGAACUAAUCCAACCUAUAACAUAUUAUCACUUUUGCGCGUAUUGGAUGUGUUAAACCAGCUCUCCCCUCGUUUACGGUCUCAGCAGACGAUUGACGUGUUUUCCGAGGGGAAAGUGUCGAGUCUCGAUGACCUCAGCAUGAUGACCGGAAUAAUUAAAGUCCCGCCUGAGGAUUUUAUCAACGCGAAGCUUACUCCGAAGCUGGCUCGUCAAAUUCAGGAUGCUCUCGCGCUUUGCAGCGGAUCUCUCCCUUCUUGGUGUUACCAGCUGACGAAAGCUUGCCCGUUUUUAUUUCCUUUCGAAACUCGACGCCAAUAUUUUUAUUCCACGGCUUUUGGAUUGUCCCGAGCCUUGUAUCGGCUCCAGCAGCAGCAGCAAGGUUCGGAUGGACGGGAAGUGAGGGUCGGGAGAUUACAGAGACAGAAGGUUCGAGUUUCGAGGAAUCGGAUAUUGGAUUCUGCUGCGAAAGUUAUGGAGAUGUAUUCGAGUCAAAAGGCUGUUCUUGAAGUCGAGUAUUUUGGUGAGGUGGGGACUGGAUUGGGCCCCACUUUGGAGUUUUACACUCUUUUGAGUCAUGAGCUUCAGAAAGAUGGAUUGGGUAUGUGGAGGUCCGGUUCUUCUUCUGGUUGGCCUCUCGGUUUGUUCCCUCGUCCCUGGCAGCCCAACUCUGAUGCUUCGGAUGGGAGCAAAUUUUGUAAAGUGAUAGAGUAUUACCGUUUGCUCGGGCGAGUUAUGGCGAAGGCUCUCCAGGAUGGUAGGCUCUUGGAUUUGCCACUUUCGGUUGUGUUUUAUAAGCUUGUGCUCGGUCAAGAGCUGGAUCUGCAUGAUAUUGUUACGUUUGACGUGGAAUUAGGGACUACUUUGCAAGAAUUGCAAGCACUUGUGUUGCGAAAAGAGUAUUUAGAAUCGACGGGAAGUUGUUACAAGAUGGAAGAGUUGUGUUUUCGCGGAGUGUCGAUUGAAGAUCUUUGUUUGGAUUUCUCCCUCCCGGGCUACCCUGAGUAUAUCUUGAAAUCGGGCAGUGAUAAUGUUUUUGACAUUGCAAGCCUACAAAUAUUUUCGCCUAAUGAGUUGGACUACAUGCUUUGUGGCCGCCGAGAGUUAUGGAAGGUAAUGGUCCAUUUUGAAAUUAUGUACAAGAAACUGCUUUACGCCAUCAGUGAAGGACAAGGAUCUUUUGAUUUGUCCUGA